AUGCCGCCAAAGAAGGCUCAAAAGGCACAAAAAGAUGCCGAGAAGAAGAACAAGGCCAAGAAGGUCCAGAAGCAGAUGGAGGACAAGACUUUUGGGCUGAAAAACAAGAACAAGUCGAAGAAGGUGCAACAGUUUGUGAACCAGGUCACAUCUCAGGGAGUAGACAAGCGGGCCGAGGCCAUGGCCAAGCAGCGUGCUGCCGAGAAGAAGGCUGCCGAGGACGCCAAGAAGGAGGCGGCCAAGCUGCUGCAAUCGUCUAUCCCCACACAGAAAGUGCCGUUUGGAGUGGAUCCAAAGUCGAUCUUGUGUGAAUUUUUCAAAGCUGGUGCGUGUACAAGAGGCAAGAACUGUAAGUUCAGCCACGACCUGACGGUGGGUAGAAAGGCCGCCAAGAGAGAUUUGUACUCGGACGACAAGGACGAGGAGAAGAAAUUGGACACAAUGGACAACUGGGACGAGGAGAAGCUGAGAAAGGUGAUUUUGUCCAAGCAUGGCAACCCAAAGACCACCACAGACAUUGUUUGUAAGCAUUUCAUCCGCGCGGUGGAGGAUGGAAAAUACGGUUGGUUCUGGACGUGUCCGGACUCUGAUCCGAAACAGAACAAGGAGUGUAAGUACAGACACUCUCUUCCGCCAGGAUUUGUUCUCAAAACCAAGGAACAGAGACGGUUGGAGAGAAUGGCAUUGGACGCACAGCCAAAGAUCACGUUGGAGGAUUUCAUCGAGACAGAAAGAGACAAGCUGCCAAAGACGAACCUGACUCCGAUCACGCCAGCAUCGUUUGCCAAAUGGAAGCUGAAACACACACAGGAAAAAGAGAAGAGCAAGGACAAGGCCAAGCGCGACCUGACGGGAAGAGAGAUCAUUAUCAAGAAGUUUGCCGACAAGUUCUACCAGGAAGAAGAUACAGGAGACAAGGGAACGGAGAUCGACAUGUCUGCGUUCCGCGACGCUAUAGAGGAGGUGGAGGAGGAGAAUAUCAAGGACUACGGAGACGGCAAGAACGCUUUUUUUGAGGAAAAUAAUGCAACUUGA